AUGACCUUUGACCGGACAUGUCCGACCAUUGCCAAUGAUGACAUGGAGAUGGGUCAGGAUAGGCUAAUAGAAGGAGAGAAUAGUGGGGAUACCAGUCAUGUGAGUGGAAGCCUCCGGAUCAAUAAUCUACAACGUCAAAGAAGAAGUAAGGAGACCGUGUGUACCUAGUGUGGAGGAAGUCAAAAGCGAGGUGAGACUAAUAGAAGUGGAAGCAUCGAUACCAUUGGCGUGGCGAAGGGUGUCAUACUGCGUAGGCAUCAAGGUUACAUGAAAGGUAAGAGUUGAAACAUGGAAAGAAGCCGGAGAUGCCAAAGUCGGAGAAGUUAUCGUCGGCUAUGUAGAAGCAGUCUUGUCGAACUACUUCCAACACUUAAUAGCUGGAUGAUUCUGCUUCUUAUAGUAGGGACAUGGAGGAAAGGUGUUGCGCCCACAUUUGCGAGGAGUACGACCACCAUCAGGAUGAGAAGGAGGGGUAUCAUCUCGAUCUUGAGGAGGAGCAACGACAAGAGCCAAAAGAGUAGAGGUGACGCCUAGAGAAAAAGAAGAGGAGUGGAUGGGCAUAUCAAUGGUGACCUGAAGGGUUGCUGAAAAAAUAGAGGUGAGAUUAGACAUGUAAUUCCUAGAGAGAACAGUCCUCCGAAUCUGAGAUGUGAUGGAUGGAUGAAAUUUACUAAGAUAAACCUCAGUAUAAAAUUCUUGGCGAUAGUGUUGGAGGGUCAAGAGGUCAGUAGUAGGGGGCUGAUAGAUAUCAACUUCUUAGAUGAGAGCCUAGAGGUGACUGUAGUGGGCUUGAAGAGAGAGAUCGUCUUAUUUGUAGGAGAGAAGAAACUCAAAGAUCUCCACAACUUGAUCGAUGUUCGUUCAGUUGGCAUAUAUGGUCUCCAUAGUAAGCCACAAGAGACGAGCCGAGAUGAUGCAUUGCUAGUGGCUCAACAAUACUUGACUUAA